AUGUCGACUCAUAAAGCCAUAGUUACUGUUGCGGUUCGAGCACCACUGGAGAUUAUUGAAGUCCCCACGGUUCAACCUGUUACCCGCGAGGUCAGAGUCAGAGUGGAAUGGACAGCAUCAACACCCCUGGAUCUGCAUCAAAAUGACGGUGGCCUCAUUGUCAAAUACCCACAAAUUCUAGGCAGUGGUGUUGCUGGGACAGUGGUAGAAGUUGGUCCAAUGGUUCGGAAUCUGGCUCUUGGUGAUCAAAAGGUAUUUGGUUUCUGCUUUGAGGAAGCGAAGUGUAAGGCCCAGCAGGAGUUUGUGACAGUCUUGGAGACAUCUCUUGGCAAGCUUCCCUCGGGUUUCAGUCUCCAAGAAGCUGUAACCUUGCCAAACAACGUCGUGACAAUUUUCCAUGGAAUGACGACGGGCUUGUCAAUUCCCCUCGCCUGGCCAUGCUCCCAGGCGCCACCGCCACCUCAUGCCAACAUACCCGUUCUUAUCUGGGGAGGUACUUCAUCUUGUGGACAGUAUGAAUUGCAGAUAUUGAGUCACUGGGGGUAUAAAAACUUGCUGACAACAGCCUCGCCCGCAAAUCAUGCCUAUCUUCGCUCACUAGGGGCAGCUCAUACCUUUGACUAUCGCGACCCAGAUGUAUCAAAGCAGAUUAUUGAAGCCGCCGAAAAGCAGGUUCCAGCUAUACCUUUCGUAUUUGAUUGCAUCGGAUCCAAGUCUGGAAGCCUCGCACAAAUUGCCAAAAUCGCCCAGAAAGGCACAAGAGUCGCAGUACUUUUGCCAGUGGUCUUGAAAGACGCCACGGAAGAGGACGCACCAGAGUAUGCAAUGGAUGUGGAACCGCAUGCUCCAUGGGCGGAGGGAGUAGAUACGAGAGGCGUGAGAACACAUUUCUACAAGGAAAAUGAGUUCUUUCGCGAAUACCUUCAGCCUACUAUCGUACCUACCCUGCUUGCGGACGGUGUAAUUAAGCCGAACAAGCAAAAGAUUGUCGAAGGAGAAACACUGCUGGAACGGGGACAGAACGCAUUGGAUAUGCUCCGCAGAAAGGAAGUCAGUGCUGAGCGGCUGGUCUGGCGUGUCUCGAGUAAUUGA